CACUGUUCACUCUCUCAUUCCUAGACGUAUGGUGCUCAUCACAUUUACUUAUAUUGAUCGCAAAGCAGCAAUGAAUGGGAUGAGUUUGUUUGCCGCAGCAUCGGCUGGCAGCCAUGGCUGAACGUUGUGGACCGAAUUGAUCAACCAGCUUUGCCUAAAGCGCCUUUCCAUGCAAUGCAAGGAGAAACACUGCGCUCCGUGUGAGUGACCAUCUCAUUCGCCAAGCUGAAGCCGCCGCAUCUCCCGCCGGUGGCCUCAGCAAGGACGGCUCGCCAGCGGGAUUAUGGAAAGGAGGUAGAGUUGUUGAGAUGAAUGGAUUAGAUCGAAAAGGGUAAAUGUAUUGGCUCCGUGCAGCCGUACUACAUGACUACUGGGCGCUUGGCAUGCGUGGACCACAGUUUGGCGGAACAGUCCAACCGACUGUAACCCCUGUCGUGGUAACCUCGAUACUAGUCAGCACGUACUGGGGUCUCGCUACUCCGCUGCCGAGUCCAUGCUAGA